AUGGCAUCAAGGCAUGCUCUUCAAGAACAAAACAGAGGUGAAGCAGUUGGUGUUGCGAAGCAGAAGAACAUGGCGGUGGCAGGACAAGGCAAAAGCCGCCGUGCACUAGGUGAUAUCGGCAACCUCGUAACUCUCCGGCCACUUGACGGCAAGCCUCUGCCGGCAAUCACCCGACCAGUUACAAGAAGUUUCUGUGCACAAUUACUUGCCAACGCUCAAAAGGAAGCAGCUGACAACAAAAAGAAACCAAUGGCAGUGAAUAUCGAAAACAACAAAGUGGUUGCCAAGAAGAAAGUUUCAGUCAAGCCAAAGCCACCACCAGUGCCCCAGAAUGCAACAGUGAUCGAGAUCAGUCCCGAUAGCAAAGAAUUGAAGAAACCCGAAUCGUCUUCUUCAAGAAACAAGAAACCGCAAUCGUCCCUCACUUCGACUUUAACUGCCCGAAGCAAAGCUGCCUGUGGCCUUAACUACAAACCGAAACCAACAAAUAUUGUCGACAUCGAUGCUUUAGAUAUCAAUAACGAACUGGCAGCAGUCGAAUAUGUUGAAGACAUAUACAAGUUCUACAAACUCGUAGAGAAUGAAAGCAAAGUCCAUGACUAUAUGCAUUCCCAGCCGGAGAUCAACGACAAAAUGAGGGCGAUUCUGAUCGACUGGCUCAUCGAAGUUCACAACAAAUUCGAGCUUACAAACGAAACAUUGUAUCUAACAAUCAACAUUGUGGACAGAUUCUUGGCGUCUGAAACUGUGGCCAGGAGAGAAUUACAGUGUGUAGGAAUGAGUGCAAUGCUUAUUGCUUCAAAAUACGAAGAAAUCUGGGCACCUGAAGUCAACGACUUGGUCCAAAUCUCCGAUCGAGCUUACGAGCAUCGCCAUGUUCUGGUGAUGGAAAAAAGGAUUCUGGGUCGAUUGGAAUGGAAUCUAACAGUCCCUACACCUUACGUCUUCCUUACAAGAUUCAUCAAAGCCGCCGCCACUCCACCGGAGGAAACAAUCAACAUGGAGCAGAUGGUGUAUUUUUAUGCAGAACUGGGGAUGAUGAACUACGAGAUGAUAAGGUACUGCCCCUCGAUGAUUGCAGCGGGGGCGGUGCAUGCAGCACGGAGCACACUGAAGAAGGUUCCGGCGUGGCAUGAAACGCUGCAGUUGCACACGGGGUUUGGGGAGGAGCAGGUGAAGGAAUGUUCGAAGCUGAUGGUGGCGUUCCAUGCGGUGGCGAAGGAUGAUGAGAAGAGGAAGGUGAUAUAUAGAAAGUAUUCGAGUGGCACACGAGGGGCGGUGGCGCUAUACCCGCCGGCCAAAUCUCUAUUGGCUGCGCCUGCACCUGCACCGUCGUCUUCUUAA